AUGCAUUUCAAGACCGUUGCUACCUCGCUCCUCGUGGCCGGAGCGGCCGCCUCCCCCUUCCGCCGCCAGACCUCGAACGAGACCUUCUGCGAUGAGGACCUCCCCGCCCCUCAGCCGAGCAGCACCAAGGCUCACUUCCCGCCUUACCCCGUGAACACCACCAUCCCCGGUGUUCCCACUACUCCCGGCGGCUCUUAUCCUCCCCCGUCAAACCCCGGAAACGGAGGCAACACUGGUUCCGGCUCAGGCUCUGGCUCUGGCUCCGGCUCUUCUGGUUCUGGCUCCGGUUCCAACACUGGUUCCAACACCGGAUCUAACACCGGUUCCAACACUGGAUCGAACACCGGUUCCAACACUGGUUCCGACAAGGGCUCGGAUAAGGGCUCCGACAAGGGAUCUGACAAGGGCUCCAACGGCGGCUCUUACCCCGGAGGAGGCAAGCCUGGAUCCGGCGGCUCGUGGCCUUCCGCUGCUCCCUCCGCUGCCGCCUCUGCCCCUGCCGGCAACGUCCCCUCGUACCCGGGCAAGCCUCCUGGUGGCUCUUCUUACAUUCCCUUCCCCCAGAACACCAGCAUCCCCACCGCUGCUCCCUCCUUCACCACCGUUCCCGGUGUUGCUCUUCCCACCGAGCCCAUUGCCGUUCCCAGCACCACCGUCCCCGCUGGCAACAACGACACCAUCCCGGCCUCCACCUCCAGCACGGCCUCCGGAUCCGCCUCCGCCAGCGCUACCGCCCCGGCCACCAACAUCCCCUACGGUGUUGCCAUUACCAAGUGCACUGUUGAGGGUGAUUUCGCUCUGACCUUCGACGACGGCCCGUUCACUUACACCGAGCACGUCCUCGACCUCCUCGCUGAGGCUGGCGCCAAGGCCACUUUCUUCGUCAACGGCGAGAACUUUGGCAACAUCAACAACUUCCAGGAUGUCGUCAAGCGUAUGGUCGCCGACGGCCACCAGAUUGGCUCGCACACCUACAGCCACCCCGACCUCGCCACACUGGGCGAUGCCGACAUCAUCCCUGAGAUGACUACGCUCGAGGAUGCUCUCAUCAACAUCAUUGGAAAGUACCCCACUUACAUGCGCCCUCCUUACUUCAGCUGGAACGACAACACCCUCUCCAUCCUGAAGGCGCUUGAGUACCACGUUAUCCACGCCGACAUCGACUCCCUCGACUACGCCAACAACGCUCCCCUCGGCAACCUUACCAGCGUCGGCAUCUUCGAGAAGGGUGUCGAUGCCGGUGGUUCCAUUGCCCUGGCCCACGAGGUUCACCAGAACACCGCCGAGUACCUUGUCCCCGAGUUCCUCCGCAUCAUUAAGGAGAAGGGCCUGAACGCCGUCACCGUCGGCGAGUGCCUGGGCGACGCCGAGGCCAACUGGUACAAGACCAAGCGCACCUCCACCCCCACCGCCACCGCCUCCAAGAUCGUCGUCUCCAUCACCAGCACCGCUACCCCCACCGGCGUCAUCGGCCCCGACGGUGCCUGCGGUGGCUCCAACAACUACGUCUGCGAGGCUGGUGCCUGCUGCUCCGAGUACGGCUUCUGCGGCACCUCCCAGGCCUACUGCGGUACCGGCUGCCAGCCCCUCUUCGGCGUCUGCGGUGUCGCCGGCCCCGUUGCCUCAGGCGGUGAUGCCACCUCCAGCGCCCCCGCUGCUACCCAGACCGCUGCCACCGGCGGUGUCAGCCCCGACAGCUCCUGCGGUGGCUCAAACGGCUACACCUGCCCUGACAGCACCUGCUGCUCUGAGUACGGCUUCUGCGGAACCACCACUGCUCACUGCGGCACCGGCUGCCAGCCCAUCUUCGGUACCUGCUCUUAA